AAUAGAAGUAUCUGGGGUAGGGUCAAAUGGAAAGUGGAAUUAUGCUAUUUUUCAUUUUCGGUGUUUUAUUCAGAACUAGCACUUGAAGUCCAAUCUAACAUGAUUAGCAAUAAACAUUGCAUUACUUGGAGUAUUCUUUGGAGGCUCCUUUGUCCCGUCCCAUGCAAGUUGCUUUUUAUCUCUUUCUCGAUAACAUUAAUUCCUCUUCAAAAGGAAACAUGCAAAACUGUUUUUCGAUACUUGUUCUAACCCAAUUCGCAUUAUAUUGUGCUCAGCAUUACUAUUAUCAACAUUGCUCUAGUUAUUUCUCAUGAUUUUUACGCCAAGGAAAAGAGCAUAAACAAGUCAAUGGGGAACUGUUGCAGUUUUUCAUCAGGUUCUAAUGGCGAUGAUCAUCCCAACGCAAAGAACCAUUUAGGGAGGAAUCAGUUCUCUGCUGGUCUCAGCAACAGAAGACUAAUACAGAAUGACAAUUCUUCUUCUCGUGGGUGUAGCAGUCACUUUGGAGGAACCGGCAGUCUGUUUGGGCCAAGUAGUAGUAAUAAUCACAUAUCAGGAAAUAACACUAGCACGUCGUUUUGGGGCUCUGAGAAUAGCCACACCUCUGGAGUCAGAGAUGGAGGGGAGUUUCCUCAUGGUGAGAUCUUGAACGCUCCAAACCUGAGAGUAUUUACUUUUGCAGAAUUGAGGGCUGCCACCAAAAAUUCGGAGCUGGCAGUGUGA